AUACAUGUUGCAAAGUUUAAAAAAAAAAUACAAUCUAGAUUUUAUUGUCAUCAAAUUUAAUAUUCAUAAUAUUUAUGUGCUUGUCAAGGGAAAAUAUAUUGAUUACAUUUUUUAUAUUUUACAAAAUUAUAGUCGGUAGACAUUUUUAUGCGAAAAUAUAAAAUAUUUAGUAAUGAUUUUACGGUGGAAAUACCGGGCUCGAUUUGUUUUCAUCGGCGGAGAGAGAAAAAGAAAAGACAAGUUGAGAUUAUAUUCAUUUGAAGUGGAGAUUUUAUUUUGGCAUAUUUAUUAAUUUUUAUUAAUUUGUACGUGGGAAAAUAUUUUAAAAAUGCAUGUAUGAAGGUUUAUAAGUUUGGCUGGUCCCAUGUUAUUGUCAUGCCCGAAUUUUCUUACCGAAAUUAAAAUCAUAUUUAGCGUAAUUUAUUAUUCAUCAUAUUAGCAUCCUAAUUUUACUUGUCCUUUACUCUAAACAUUAAAAUACAAAAAAGGAAGUUUAUAAUAAUAUAUAAAUAACAAUGAUAAUCACGGCAAGAAAAAAGAAUAAUAUUUACAUGCAAGGCCAACUUUCUUGUCUUUUUUAAAAAUCCAAAGAAAAGAAAUUAGUAUACCUACUUUCAAUUUUGUACAAUAUGUUUUAUUAUUUAUUUCUUUUAUUUAAAUAUUUCUCCCAUAGGAUUCCAGCUUAAAAAACACGAAUUUCUAUAUAUUUUAAAAUGAAAAUAUAUGGUGAGAGAUAUUAUAACCUCCUAUUAAAUACAUUUCUCUUUAUAAUAUUUUAUUUCUUCAAUAUUAAAAUAAUAGUGGGGGAAAAGUAGGAUGGAAAUUAGCUAAAUAUAUACAGAAAAUAUAUUUUUUAAUGUUUCCAAUUUCAAAUUCAAAAAUUUUGUUUCUAUAUUUUUCUAUCUUAUUCACACAGCAUAAAUAAAUCUAAUUUCCAUCAGUUUCUUCACCAAAAAUUUUCCCAUUUUCUUCCUAAUUUCCAAGCUCUGUUCUGAGAAAUAUUUUUCUUCCAAAGCCUUGUUAUUUUUUUUUAAAAAAAAUUCUGUUAUUUUGAUUUCGUUUUUUUUUAUUUUUGAGUUGAUUUUUUUCUUCUUUCUCUUCUCCUAGUUCUGGUUGUGGUCUGUUUUUCUGAAGUUUUUAUUUUCUGGGUUGAAUGAUUUUAGCUUUGGUUACAGAAAACUGAAUCUACGUAAUCCACAAGGUUUUUUAAAUCUAAAAAAAAAGAAAAAAAUAAUGGCUUUAGAUAUGGAGUCUACCGGAGAAGUCGUCAAGACAACCACCGGAGGCGGCGGCGGAGUCACGGUGGUGGGAUCCGACGCGCCGUCGGAUUUCCGCAUAGCCCCGAGGUCAGAGAGCUCAAACCCCCCUCCCAUCUCCGCCGCUCAUCCGCCGCAGAAUCCUACGGCGGCGAUGGUGGGUCUUUCCGGCGGGCCGAUGAAGAAGAAGCGUGGACGGCCCAGGAAGUACAGACCCGACGGCACGGCGGUGGCGCUAUCGCCAAAGCCGAUAUCGUCGUCGGCUCCGGCGUCUCACGUCAUCGACUUCUCAUCGUCCGAGAAACGCGGCAAAGUGAAACCUGCCGGUUCCUUCAGCAGGACAAAGUACCAGGUCGAGAAUUUAGGUGAAUGGGUGGCUUGCUCGGUGGGAGCCAGUUUCACGCCACAUAUCAUUACAGUGAACGCCGGCGAGGACGUGACGAUGAAGAUAAUAUCGUUUUCGCAACAAGGGCCUCGCGCUAUUUGCAUCCUAUCAGCAAACGGCGUCGUUUCCAGCGUCACGCUUCGCCAGCCCGAUUCCUCCGGCGGUACAUUGACGUACGAGGGUCGGUUUGAGAUACUAUCGUUGUCUGGAUCGUUCAUGCCUAACGAUAUCGGAGGGACUCGAGGCAGAACCGGAGGAAUGAGCGUAUCGUUGGCUAGCCCCGAUGGACGAGUGGUAGGAGGCGGCGUUGCGGGUCUACUGGUCGCCGCUAGCCCUGUUCAGGUCGUUGUAGGGAGUUUCCUAGCGGGAAUCGACCAGCAAGAUCAGAAACCGAAGAAGCACAAGCACGAUUACAUGUCGGUCCCGACCCCGACGGCAGCUAUCCCGAUAUCCAGUGUGUCCGACUCUCGGGUGACAAGGCCAACACUUGGCCGCCGCCGCCAUCAUUACCUUCUGAUCCAAGAAACAAUCCCUCCUCCUGACAUUAACGUCUCUUUAGCUUGA